GAAACUAAAAGCCCAUCCAAUUUUUUUUUCAACGAUCACAAUGAACAACGAGAAAAAAAUUUUAUGAUGGUUUAACUUUGAUCUUGUCAUAGAGUUUUCUAGUUAAUUCACUAUCCUAGAAUCAAUUCAUUUUUCACAAUGUCUCUCGGUACCGCUUUCGUCACCCAACAUAUUAGAACCUUCCCAGUUAAGGCUCUUAUCAAGCACUUCAACUUAGAUGUUGCUCUUUCUAACCAAGAAGACCCAGCUUACAUCAAGAACUUCCCAUUAGGUAAAGUUCCAGCUUUCCUUGGUCCAAAAGGUUUCAAAUUAUCUGAAGUCAUUGCUGUUUCUAUUUACUUAAUCAACUUAGCUGAUCCUCAAUCUAAAUUAUUAGGUAAGAACGCCAAAGAAUACGCUGAAGUUUUAAAAUGGUUAUCAUUAACUAACUCUGAAGUUCUCCCAAGUCUUGUUGCUACCUUCAAACCAUUGAUUGGUGCUCUUCCAUACAACAAGAAGGCAGUUGAUGAAGCUGCUGCUACUUCCGAAAAACUUAUCCAAGUUUUCGAAACUAGAUUAGCUAACUACACUUACUUAGUUGGUGAAAGAUUAACUUUUGCUGAUAUCUUCUCUGCUGCUCUUUUAGUUAGAGGUUUCGAUCACUUAUUCGGAUCUGAAUGGAGAGCUGCUCACCCAAACACUUUCAGAUGGUUUAACACUGUUAUCAACCAAAAGAUCUUACACGAUGUUUUCGGUGAUUACACUUACAGAGAAAAGCCAGUUGAAUUCGUUCCACCAAAGAAGGAAAAGAAAGCCGCUGCUCCAGCUGCCAAGAAAGAACCAAAGCCAAAGGCUAAAAAGGAAGUUGACGAAGAAGAAGAAGAACCAUCUGCUCCUGCUGAAGAAAAAUUAAAACAUCCAUUAGAAGCUUUACCAAGAAUUUCUUUAGAUGAAUGGAAAAAAGUUUACUCUAAUGAAGAUACUAGAUCUAAGGCUAUUCCAUGGUUCUGGGAAAAUCAAUUCAAACCAGAAGAAUACUCUUUAUGGAAAGUUGAUUUUAAAUAUAAUGAUGAAUUAACCUUAACCUUUAUGUCUAACAAUUUAAUUGGUGGUUUCUUCAACAGAUUAUCUGCUUCUACCAAAUAUUUAUUCGGUACUUUAGUUGUCUAUGGUGAAAACAAUAACAAUGGUAUUACCGGUUUCUUCUUAGUUAGAGGUCAAGAUUAUGCUCCAGCCUUUGAUGUUGCUCCAGAUUGGGAAUCAUACUCUUACACCAAAUUAGAUGGUACUGAUCCAGAAACUAAGAAAUUCAUUAACAAUAUGUUAGCUUGGGAUGAACCAGUUGAAGUUAACGGUGAAAAGAGAGAAAUUGCUGAUGGUAAAGUCUUUAAAUAAGCUAGUCUUAUCUUUUAUUGUUUACUUUAUAUCCUCUUUAUUUGUUAGUACUCUUUUAUAUGUUAUACAAUGAUUUAAAUGUAUUUUGUUAUUAACUAGAAUUGU